UCGCCCUCCUCCGUAUGAUCCGCUCCUCCGCCACGCAGCCCGACAUCGCCCUCCUCUCCGUCGGUGGCGUAGACUUGACCACUUCCCUCAACCUUGCCGUCGGAUCGAAAGACGACCUUUACCCUACGUUCUACUCUCCCUAUUCCGCCCCUGGCACACCACCUCAAACGGUGGAACCGGAUUUCACUCUUCCCUCAUGCUAUAACGUUCAGGCGCCGAUGCCUGGGCCGCAAAAGGCGGCUGCAUUCAGCGACGAGACGUUGUUCUUCAUGUUCUACUCUAGCCCGCGUGACAUCCUGCAGGAAGUCGCCGCUCAGGAACUGUACAACCGUCACUGGCGCUUCCACAAAGAUUUAGGGAUGUGGGUCACCAAAGAGCCCGAGUAUAACGACCCCUCGCAAACUGGGCCUGGAACGGAGACGUCCGAGACAAACAAGCGGCUGAACGGUGCAGGCGAGAAGGCAGUGUACACCUAUUGGGACGUCGAGAAGUGGGAUAAGGAGCGGAAGGAGGAUGUGGUCAUGUUCGACGCGUUGGAGGAGAGGCAGCCUGGCAUGGCUCUACCCACCGCUGCUACUGGUGCGCGUGAGUGAGGUGCAGGAAGUGGUCCUAUCCGACGGGAAGAAGUCGCAGGAUGCCCGCACCUCUUCUCCCCGUUGCUCUCUUGCCUGGGUUGUUGAUCGUCUCCCGCAUCCAUGGGUUGUGAGUUGAUAUCAUAUCGACGCUGGUUGGCCAGUUGGCACUCGAUUUUUAUUUUCUCAAUUUCUG